UCAGUCCGUGUGUGAUUUUCUCUCUCCAGGAACUCGCCUGAGCUUCGCCUUACCCCCCCCUAUAAAAGCGCCUGUACCCAGACCUCGCUUGGACAUUCAGUCACGGGUAGUCUUUCAGACGACACGCUCUUGCGCCAAUCUCUUCGGUCUCCAUUCGCUGUCGGAACUCUGGACAGUCCAGCCACGUGGUCAUGAGUACAAUCUCUGCAGGGGACAAUAGUUCAUCCAACAUCUUCUACUAUUUGGUGAGCAUCAGAGGUUUAUACCGGCGAAAUCGCCGCUGUUAUUAAACCAUUUUGUUUGGAUCGCUUGUGCAUCAUCAUUCAUCAUCUGAAGAAAGUCCCCCAUUCAUUUCUUCUGGAACGUAUCGUUACUCGGAUAUUGAUCUAUUCUUUUCAAUCAGCUCAAUAAAACAUCAGAAUGAGCAACAUUACAGCCGUUCCUGCGACUCAAGCUCCAGUGACUCGGAGCUUAGAGGAGUUAAACUAUUUAUUUGACAAUCUGUCUCAGAACAUAGACAACUUCUACCAGCUGACAUUUGGCAUCAUGAUCUUGCUGUUGACCAUGGGCUUUGCCUUCAUCGAGGCCGGAGCAGUGCGCAGUAAAAAUACCCACAACAUUCUGCUCAAGAACUAUCUGGAUGGAUUUGUGUCUGGGAUCUCCUACUGGUGUAUCGGCUACGCCUUUGCCUAUGGCGAGGGUAACAGGUUCAUAGGGUGGCACGGCUUCGCCUCUGCCUACGUGGAGGACAAGUUGAUGUCCAACUUCUUCUACCAGCUCAUGUUCGCCUCCACCUCCUGCACCAUCGUGUCCGGCGCCCUGGCCGAGCGGUGUGACUUCAUUGCGUACCUCAUCUAUAGUUUCUUCCUGACAGCCUUUGUCUAUCCGUUAUGCAGUCGCUGGGGGUGGUCACACUAUGGAGUCUUCUAUCAGGGUCUAGACAUUGAGAUAGAGAACGGACAGACAGUGCACAUUAAAUACGAGGAUUUUGGUGGCAGCGGCAUUGUUCAUCUUGUCGGUGGGACUACUGCGUUUUUCGGCGCCUUGAUCUUAGGGCCUCGUAUUGGCAGAUUUCACAAAGAGACUGGCACGUGUAUACCCAUCAGGGGUCAUUCAGUUCCGUUGGCUGCUCUUGGUGCGUUCGUGCUCGUCUUCGGCUUCCUGGCCUUCAACGCCGCUUCUCAAGGUCACUUGUCUCACCCUGGAGACGGUGACGCCAUCAACAUGGCGGUCUUCAAUACGAUCAUUUCCGCUAGUAUGGGCGCUUUCACGUCUCUCUUUGCUCACAAGAUUGGACUCUUUGGUCAUCACUGGAGUAUGCUUAGUGUCAUCAAUGGAGCCUUCGUUGGCAUGGUGGCUAUUUGUGGAGGUUGUAACUCAAUGAAACCUUGGGGAGCAGUCAUUGUUGGCUUUGUCGGCGCCUUGAUCAUGAAUAUUAUUGAAGUCACCCUGCAGAAAUGGCAAAUUGACGAUCCUUUGAAUGCUGUAGGGGUUCAUUUCGGAGGCGGAUCAUGGGGAGCCUUAAGUGUGGCCUUUGUCAAGUAUCCAACCGGCAUUUUGAUGGCUUGGGAUAAAAGAUCAGGCUAUAUGUUGGCAUGGCAGCUGGCUGGGAUCUGCUCUUAUUUCAUCUGGACUGCUGGCAUGAUGACUUUGUUGUAUUUGACUUUGAGAUAUUUCGGCCUCUUUAGAGUACCACCAGAGAUCGAAAUGAAAGGUCUGGACAUACCAAAACAUGGUGAGCCUGCCUACCCAUUGGAAGCUUAUGGUCAUGGUUACUACGAGAAAGUGUUGGCAGUACUUGAGAAUGGACAGCUGGCUCAGACAGAGCAAGGUUUUGAGAGCGGAGUCUUCGUCAAGGAUGAAGGACCUUACGAGCAUCCAGAGGUCAAAGUCAUGGGCAUCCACAAGAUUCACUCUGUGCCGUCCAUGAUAGAGCUGGACUCCAUCAACAAGUUUAAGGCGGUCAAGAACCCGGAGGACAUCGAGCGCAUUAAGAGGUCCAUCUCGUCCGCGUCCCUCCCGUCCGUGGCGCCUCCUUCCCCGACGUCACCGAUCGUGAAGAAGUCUUCCGGCAACAAGUGGGGCCCCGCCCGCAUCUUGGCUGAGGAGGGCUACACCAACAAGGCCAUGGACUACAGCGAGGGCAACGGAAAGUCUGACAACAUAGAGAGAACAGCCCUUUGAGAGCCCCCCCCCCUGGACCAUUGGGUGCGGCCACCGGGAUGCACCUGAACAGAACAUCUCAGCAGCCUGGUUACAUUUAAGGAAGUCAGUGACUAAAAGAUAUCCUCGAUUUUGUUUUAUUGAUUAUGAAACUAACAUUUUAUCUUUAUGUAUUAAUUUUUUUUUCUUUAAGGUACUCGUUCAAUAUUUAAAGCAUUUAAUUUUUACAGCUGCAUUUAUAUCUGAAUAAGCAUUUAAUUGUCGGUUAUGUCCAUGUUUUCCCAGCCACGCACAGAAAACGAAUCAAUGUUGUACAUGCCAAGGGAGAGAAUACCGGAUUAUUUAAAUAGUAUCUAUUUCAAGGUGGUCUCCCUCUGCUGAAAUGUCCAUUUGCUAUUUGUUGUAUAACCAAGCAAUUUAUUUGUAAACAGAAUACCGAUGACAGUGCAUUUCUUUGUACAUAGUUUUAAAUAUUUACUUUACAGUAGAUUUUUAAAUAAAUUUAUAUUUUAAUUUUUUAACGAAUUUAUUACAAUUAAAACUUGUAUAACGAAA